CCUGCAGAGAGCAGCGUAUCGUCCCACUUCUGUCUCAUCGAAUUCCGUUGUCCAACAGUUGUUUGACCUAAUGCCUGAUCGUUUCAUUGUCGUCCUGACGACGGACGUCCAUUGUCAACAUCUGUGUGGCUUUUAACAGCUGUGAGAACCUCCAAUGUUGACGAACAUUUGUUUUGUUGACUUGCAGAUGGUGUAUAGCAUAUGAAUGUCGAUCAGAAUCUGAGGUGACAUGAGGCAUGAAGGAGCAGCGAUAAACUAUUUGGGGGGGAAAAGAAUUGAAGGGGGCCAUGGCAUGACGACGUGACCGUGCUGUUGCAGGGAGGAAGAAGCUUCCUUGCUCCUGUAUGAAGAGGAAGGAGACACCUCAGGGAGAGUUUUCCUGCAUCGGUGGACACAGCUGCAUGUGUGACGUUUCAUGUCGUUUUGUAGACCGAGUUAGACUCCCUCCUUUUACAACUAAUAGAUGGAGCUUUCUCAGUGGUUGGUGGAGCUGGUCGUGGAAGAAAAGGGGCAGUUUGACGAAUACGAAACCGAGGAAAUUGAGCUCGGCAUGGGCAGAGCUGGAGCCUGCAGGUACUGGGAUCAUGAUAUCAGCACCCAGCUUCCUCUUAUUCCUUUGCUGGAUGGCACUUUCGGCUCGGAGGCCACGCGGUGCUCCUGUCAUGGUGAUGCAGAGACGACCACAGCAGACGGGAUAUGGCGAAGGGAUGGAGCUUUAAGGGAGCCACCAACCGCUGGAGUUCUCAUACGUAGGUCCUAUGUGUGACCCAUGCACAGUUCCGGAGGUGUGAUUGCAGUCACGACGUGUUUGUUGAAAUGCAUAAGGGGUAUUUGCAGCAUCAAACAGCACUGGUAGCUCGCCGUCAUCCCAUGAAUGGCUUCGCUUUACAAACUGACGGUAAUCUCGAACUUUGUUCUUAUUAUUGUCAGGCUCCAUUCUUGCUGUAUGAGGGUCUGACCACAAGCCAUUCGUCAUAAACAGCAGAUAAGUUUAACUGAGUUCUCAAAUAGUAGAAAAUGAGCCAACAUUUCAUGAACAUUCAGUAGGUGGUUGAUGCUGUAAGAUGGAAUGUGAUUCUUGAUGUGAAGCAACUGCAGUUGGCAAAAUUAAGAGAUACAUCCUUCCUGAAGAGAAUAACGAUAUACACAAAAUACCAGAGUGAAUAGAUAGAUAUUUUUGUUGAAAAUUUGUUGAUCAUGACACAUUGCUUUUACCAUUUUCCAUAAUUUGGUAUCCUUGCUCAAUGACAGAAGAAGAUUCUGAUCCCAAAUGGUUGGGACUUUACUGCUUGUCGGUGUUGUAGUGGUGCUGGUGGUAUUACUGCUGUGAAGUUAAGAGAAAUUUGUUCCAGGUCAGUCACUUCGGCACAGACAGCUUUUGUAAUGAUUACAAGGUGAAUAUCCAUCAUUCUUUGGCAGGUCAAAGAGAUAACUAGUAUGAUACAAAGUAGGAUAAAUUGUAGAGGAAAUCUUGCUGAGACCCAGAUUGAACAGUUGUUAGUUGGCAAUACAUUGACAGUAACUGGAGUUUGCAUAGAAGAAUGUUUAAUUUCAUGAUGGUAUCUUCACCUCAUCCAGAAAAUACACUUAGUGAAGCAAUUGGUGUUAGCUUUUCAAAUUGGAAUAUGAAGACUAAGUUGUUCAUUAUCACCUUAGACAACAACUGCUCAACACAUGACGUCUAUAGUGCUAAUCUUAGAGAUCUUUCCAACAAGAACAUUCUUAUGAUGAAAGGAAGGAAAAUUUGCUGAGAUAGCCUUACAAAUUGAGAUCUGAUGACUAUAAUGAAGCUCUAUCAGCUCAUGACUGGGUCACUGGAAGAUACUGGAGAUCGUUUCUCCACACCUAAAACUUUUGUAUGACUCUGUGAAUAGUAUCCUCACAACAAUAGAGGAAACUGCAAAUAUAUAGUUUUCAAGAAGCACGAGAAAUCCAGCUAGAGCUAAUUAACACAACAUUGAAUCAGGAACACCAUGGUGAGCACCAUACCUAAGGAGAUGCAUGAAAAGUAUGACAAAUAUCAGAAACAUUAAAAGCCUUGUUUUAGCAUUUUCAGUGGUUAUGGACCUUGAGUCACAAUGAAGCUUGUUGCAUGGGUGAAGAUUCUGCCAGAUAUGUUAAGGUGGUUAAUGAUAUUUAUGAAGUAUAUCUUAAGUAUGUUACCAAGCCACUUCCAAGUUACACCAGCUUAUGUAGAACUAAAGGAGCCCAAGCAGUUGAAUGGCAAUGACAACAACCAAUCCUCAACACCAUAUCCCACAGGCAAUGGGCUUCUUGUCUUCAAUAUCUAUCUCUCCAGGAUAGAAUUGAUGAAUCAGCCAACAGAGUCUGAGUCUCUUGUCCUGUGGAUCUUAGGGUUUGAUCCAAACUGUUGGAAGCUCAACAACCUCUAAGUAUCCUAUUUUAUCCAAGAUGACUAUAUUUUUUGGCUCAGGGACUGGAAGCAGAGUCCUUAAUGAGUAUCAAUCCAGACAGAGUGGAGGCUCUUUUUUUGUGCAGAAGACUAGCUCCAGUAUUCAUCCAUCAUGGCAGAGCCACCCUCAACCGCAACAGUGAAAGUGCAAUUCUAGCCUGUCCAAAACUACGUGUCAUCGCAGCAUUGCAGACAGCAAAUAUGAUUAGAUGAGACUUCUAAAGAUUUUCGCACUUUUAAAAGGUCAGUGCCUGUUACAUAAAUGAACUACUCCAUGGAGAUUGUGUGACAUGGUUUUAAGUGGUCUACGAGUUAGUCUCCACUAUGAGAUUGUUAUGCAGUUAAUUUUACUACCUCAACGAAACAAGAUGUGAUGGGAUUAAACUACUCAAGGUGCUAUAGUCAAGUCAUCGAAGACAGUAUAUGCCUGCAACUAAUCAAAGAUCAAAGAUCUUUGAUUAUCCAGAUCUUGUUUAUCCAGCUGAUCAAAGAUCUUAACGGCACCCAGAAAAAAUCGUUUUCGACCUCCCUGUUAUCUCGGCAUCCAUCUUCAUCCUCUGUUGUCCACCAACACCAUCACAAGGCCUCUUGCAUGUUGGAUGGCUAAUGGCCUGGUUGAAGACAAACUUAUCGAACAUCCGACUUUGUCUAUAGAUGCUCCAAUCGUCCAGCGCGGGCCGGAGUUUAAAUUGCUGGCCAAAAAUGUCUCUUUCCCUUUUGCUUCGUCUUCGCCUUCUCCCGUCCCCGCGCCGACCACAACCUCACCAUUUCAAGCCCCGACUCCUUCAUCUCCUCCUCUCCAGAAGACGGGCUCCCGAAGCUGCCGCAAGUCCGUUUCCGCCGGCCACAACAGACGACGCAGAUUGGCGGUAGCUCCUGCUCCAAGAUCACCUGGCAGUGGUUGUCCGGCCGGUUUCGUCGAGUCCAAGUGUCCGACCGUAGCAGCACUCGCUAAGAACUCGGGGUCCUGUUUCCUCCCUCUUCUUCCUGUUCAGGUAUUUUGGGAGAGAGGUGAAGCGCGGGUGAGCGGAUGCUCGGUCGGCCCGAGGAGGAGAGGGAUGAAGAUACUGUGCGACGUGUGCGAGGGGGCGGUGGCGGCGGUGCUGUGCUGCGCCGACGAGGCCGCGCUCUGCUGGGGCUGCGACGAGAAGGUACACGCCGCCAACAAGCUCGCCGGGAAGCACCAGCGGGUCCCUCUCCUCCCCACCAAUUCCAACUCUUGUUCUUCUUCUUCUUCACAAACCCCCACCUGUGAUAUAUGUCAGGAAAAAGUUGGGUAUUUCUUCUGCUUAGAGGACCGUGCUCUGCUCUGUCGGCAGUGCGACGUAGCCGUCCACACCGCCACUCCGUACCUAUCUUCCCAUAGGCGCUUCCUGAUCACCGGCGUGAGAGUUCCACUCCAACACAACUAUCUAACCAAGGAUGGUAACAACAACAACCACCCUCUUGAAUCUCGUGAUGGCCGAUUCAAUUGUCAAUAAGAAGCUUCAAGCAACCACAUCAGGGUAUGCUUCAAGGAUCCACAAUGGCUUUGGCAUGAACUUGUUGAUGGUUUCGAGUUUGAUCAGCAUUGCGGGCUGUCGGAACCAGGUUCCUCGAGCUAAAGCAGGUUGCCAGAAAAUUUUAUACCUUGGUUAUAAAAUCAGAAAAGAAAAUGUAGUACAUGAACUUAUUUCACUAUUUUGAUUCUUCUUUUGACUUAUUUUUCUUGGUAAAUCCCCAAAGAUGGGGUCUUUAGCUUUGUAUCUGAACUGGUAGCUCUGUUCAUUGAUAUUUUUUCUUCAUGUCACUGUUUGUAGGCCA